UGAUGUCAACAUCAGUCACACAGUGUGAUGAGUGUUCAGUCUGCAUUUAUCUUUUUGGGUAAAGACUCUCAGCAAUUAUUAACAGCGUCUGUUGUUGCGAGCAGGCUCUGUGCUUCGUUCUGAAGUUGGAAAACUAAAAUUCCUAACAGGAUGUGUGUGAGAUUCCUUGGAUUUGUUCUUCUGAUUUGUCUAGCUGGUGUACUGCGAGCUCAAGGUCCAGAACCACCAUGUGAGAGUCCACAGCUUCAGGGGGGUUUUUCUGUCAUCGAGGAAGACACUGAUUCUCAUGAACGAAAACUGUUUUAUGCCUGUGACGACGGACUGAAGCCGGCGGUGGAGGGCUGGUGGGGAACAGCCACAUGUCAGAAUAGAACAUGGAUUCCUACGCCACAGUGUAUAGAUGCAAAUGCUUGCAUUGCACCUGAAAUCCCCAAUGCCAAGUACACAAAAAGCCCAAACGGCUGGCAUGAGGAGGGACAUAAAAUCCGAGUAACGUGCAUCGAUGGGUAUGAAGACAGAAAUCACCUAGCAAUAGCUCAAUGUGUCAAUGGAAACUGGACGUCGAUGCCGGUCUGUGAGCGGGAUGUGCACGCAUGUGGACCACCCCCAAAAAUCCUAAACGCAGUCAUCAUUAAACAGGUGUUUCAGAAGGUGUUUCUUGACAAUUCAGAAGUUGAGUAUGCAUGUGAAGAUGGAUAUACUUCAAACACGGGAGCCAUUCAAAAAAGCUACUGCGUAUUUGGAAACUGGACAGCGGUUUCAGAGUGCAUUCGAGAAACACAACCAGACACCGGACGUGGUGGAUCUGCAGCAGGUGGAACAGGGGCCACCAGUGGACACACAACAUCUACAGACAGAGGAACUACAUCUGGUACAGACAGAGACACUGAUGACAGGAGAGUAACAGGAUCUUCUACCAGAGGCGUUGGGGGAGACACUGGACCCUUCAUAUCAAUUGACAAAUGUGGAACCCCACCAAGAAUAGAUAAUGGAGACUUUGUGGAAAAGACCCUCAAAUAUCUGAAAUACCAGUGCAGCGCUUUUUACACACUGGAAGGUUCAGACACAGUGGUGUGUAACAGUGAUGGCUCUUGGUAA